AUGCACUUCUACGCUCUCAUUCCUGCCUUUAUCACCGCCGUCUCCGCUCAUGGAGUGGUUGUCUCAGUCGAGGGAGCCAAUGGAGUCUCCAUGCCUGGUCUCAGCAUCGCCGAUGGAACUCCUCGUGAUUGUUCCAGCAACGGAUGUGGUUCCCAAGCUGAUACAGCAAUCAUUCGUGAUCGCGAGCUCGGAACUGAUCGAGCCAGCGCCCUGGGCAGGACUCAGGGUAACGGGCCUGUAGAUGCCUCCGUGAUGAUCGCCAACUUCCUUGGAGCUAGUGGUAGCAACAAUGUCCCCACUAACAACGGCUCCGACGCCGGUGUCGGUGUCGAGGAUGAUCUUUCUGGUCUCAACCGAGGCCGUAACAACAACAAGCAAAGGCGCCAGCAGAAGCGCCAGCUAGGCAACCUUCUCGGUGGACUGUUCGGAGGUGGCGGUCGAGGUGGAAACGGCGACAAGGCGGAUUUGCCUGAUGAGUCCAGCGUCGCUGCGACUGCUGGAGAGGGAGCAACAUCGGGUCUUCCUACCUGCUCGGAGAAUGCGGACAUUGAUGCCACAUCUGGUGGCACUGACCCUGCUGCAUUUCAGUCUGCUGAAGUCACUCAAGACGUUCCCGGUGUUGGUUUCGGAGGACUGUCACUUGCCACAAACACAGACUUCCCUCUCACUGUCAAGAUGCCCCAGGGUAUGACCUGCGAGGGAUCUGUAGGAGGAGCUGACAAUGUGUGCAUUGUUCGUGUGCGAAACAGUGCUGCUGCUGGACCCUUUGGUGGUUCUGGUGCCUUUACCCAGUCCGCAUCCGCUCGCAAGCGCGCUAUUGCUUUCCGCCUCAAGAAGCGCAUGCAAAUUGUUCGCAACUAG